GACAGCGACUGCACAGAUGCUGAUAAACAGCGGACACCCGCGGAAGAUUAAUCAGACGGAGGAAAAGCCCGUAAAGCGCGGACGGGAGUGAGUGUGUGUGUGUGAGUUGUGCUGUUCAGUGUGUGUGUGUAUGUGUUCGGUGUGGAGCAGCGAUGGAGCACGGAGUGGAUCUGCUGGCCAGAAUCUGCAGCGCCUCCGUGGAGAACAAAGCGCUGAGUAUGGAUGCGUCUAGAGAAGGAGGAUCAUUCACUCCGAGUGUUAAUGAAGAACACAAACACACACACCUCAGGAGGAAGAAAACUGACGUGGAUGGAGCGUCUGCGCAGAACAGUUCUUCCCACAAGAUGAAGGAUGCAGAUCUUCAGAAGUAUUCUGGUGAGCUGUUCGAUUCGACGGCAGCGUUCUCGGACGAUUAUUUCUCGGACAGCACUUCAGACAGCGAGAGCGACGCCAGCCUGACGCCCAACCAGACUAUCCUUCAGCUGCUGGACGAGGAGCUGGACGAGGACGAGUCUGCAUCUGUCAGUUCUCUGGAGCUGGAGAGCGCAGCGGUGGAGGCGGAGGCGAAACCCGAGCCGGAGAGCGCCGCGUCUGAGACGGAGGAGUGCAGCGUGCCCUCGCCUGGCGGGAUCAUCGUCAGCGCGUGUCAGAAGCGAGAUGGUGGCCGAGUCUACAACAAGAGGCACUACUGCUUAUUCUGCUCCAAACCCUACGCCAAGAUGGCGCGGCACCUGGAGAGCUCGCACGCCAACAAACCCGAGGUGGAGACGGCGCUCAGCUUCCCUAAGGGAUCCAAAGAGCGCAAGAAGCAGCUGGACUACAUCCGCAACCGCGGGAACUACGCCCACAAUGCUGUGGUGAUGCAGUGCGGCAGGGGAGAGCUGGUGCCGUCUAAGCGGCCGCCCAGAGACGCGCAGGGAGAGGACUUCAUGCACUGUGCCUACUGCCAAGGGCUCUACACUAGGAAGGUGCUAUGGAGGCACAUGCGCACCUGCGGACUCAAGCCGCAGUCCAGCGCCAGCAGACCGGGCAAGAACCGCGUGCAGUCCAUGUGCACCUACACUGGGCCGGUGCCUGCCAACAUGAGCCAGCAGCUGUGGGCUGUGAUCAGCGCCAUGAACCCCGGCCCCGUCACCGAGAUCAUCCGCAAGGAUCGCGUGAUCGUCAAGAUCGGCCAGCACCUGCUCAACAAAGGAGGAGUAUCGGCGCAGAACAAGCAGUACGUGCGGGAUAAGAUGCGGGAGCUGGGAAGGCUGGUUCACAACGCUCGGAAGACCACCUCCAUCAAAACACUGCAGGACUGCCUCAAUCCUCGUAAGUUCACGGAGACCAUCGAAGCGGUGAAGAGCACCUGCGGGUUCGAGAGCGAGAGCGGGAGUUUCCGGCUGCCGUCUCUGGCUAGGAAGCUGGGCAUCUCCCUGCUGAAGGUGAGCAAGCUGCUGAAGGCGCAGGGCCUGAUCUCCAGCCGCCGGCAGCAGGUGCGCUCGGCCUCCGAGUUCCAGGAGCUGCACCGGGCACAGUGGGGGCAGCUGAUCUCCAGGGCGGCGCUGCGGAGCUCUCGAUCGCAGGGCCGCAGCCCACCGCUGCUCAUGGCCUUCGUGGAGGACGUGCAGAAGAUGCACACACACCUGCGGGGCGCAGCAGAGCGCUGGAGUGCGGAUCUGGCACAGCAGCCCUCAGGGAAGGCCUGGACGGAGCUGGCGAAGGUGUGUCUGGCGCAGAUGAUGCUACUGAACCGACGGCGCGAGGGAGCCGUGUCCAGCAUGCCCAUCUCUGCCUAUCUGUCCAGAGACUCCGACCCGAUGCUGUGUGUCAACUGGACACACUCCGAGGUAGAGAACAGGCUCUGGAGCAGCCUUGGGAGCUUCACCAGGAUCAUCACCAGGGGGCGCUGUGGUCGCCCGGUCCCAGUUCUCCUCAAUCCCAGCAUGCAGUUCGCUCUGGAUCUGCUGGUGCACCACAGAGAGGAAUGCGGCGUUCCCAAAGACAACAGCUACAUGUUCGCUAGACCGGCCGCCAUGACGCACUUCCGCGGCUCCGACUGUCUGCGCGGAUUUGCUAGAAGCUGCGGCGCAGCAAGCCCGGAGAGCCUGACGUCUGGAGGCCUGAGGAACCACACGGGGGCGCUGCUGAGUGUCAUGGACCUGACCGACAGACAGAUGCAGGAGCUGCAGAACGCACUCGGCCUGCAGAACACACUGCAGCCGACUGCUAACAGAACACUGGAGCUCGCUCGCAUUAGCAAACUCCUGCUAGCACUGCAACAGGGGCGAUUAGCGGAGUACUACGGCAGGAGCCUGGAGGAGAUCCGGGUUGAGCCGGACGAAAAGGUUGUGGUGUGGGACGAGGAGCGCAGGAGCACACAGGAGGACCUCCGCUCUCCCACCGUCAUUGGUAAGCGUGUGCAGAAGAAGCAGCCGUGGCAGCAGACCGAGGUGCAGGCGGUGGAGCGGCACAUGAUGAACUUCAUCACAUCCUGUACGGUUCCCGCUAAGAGCCACUGCGAGAGCUGCUUACAGGCCGAGCCCGAGGCGCUGCGGAACCGGGACUGGAAGAGCCUGAAGUUCUUCAUCUAUAACCGCAUCACAGCCUAUAAGAGGAAUCUGCAGAGCGCCGGCAGCCUCCAGUCCCUCUGCACAGCGGUCUCUCUACAGGAGCCCUUCCUCAACUCUAGCCUUUACUCUCUGCCAGAAAUCCCCACACUGCUGCCCGAGCACUCAGAGCUCAAGACCAUCAAACCCAUAUAGAGUCAGAGCUGGAGAUCUUUAAACUCAUAUAGAGUCAUGCCUAUAGACUGUCAAACCGCUGUAGAGUUAUGACUCAAGAUCAUCAAAUCAAUAUAGGGUCAUGUCUGAAGAUGCUCAAGCUGAUAUAUAGUCACGUCUGAAGAUCGUCAAACUGAUAUAUAGUCACGUCUGAAGAUCGUCAAACCGAUAUAUAGUCACGUCUGAAGAUCGUCAAACCGAUAUAUAGUCACGUCUGAAGAUCGUCAAACCGAUAUAUAGUCACGUCUGAAGAUCGUCAAACCGAUAAAUAGUCACGUCUGAAGAUCGUCAAACCGAUAUAUAGUCACGUCUGAAGAUCGUCAAACUGAUAUAUAGUCACGUCUGAAGAUCAUCAAACGAUAUAUAGUCACGUCUGAAGAUCGUCAAACUGAUGUAUAGUCACGCCUGAAGAUCGUCAAACUGAUAUAUAGUCACGUCUGAAGAUGGUCAAACUGAUAUAUAGUCACGUCUGAAGAUCGUCAAACUGAUAUAUAGUCACGUCUGAAGAUCAUCUAACCGAUAUAUAGUCACGUCUGAAGAUCGUCAAACCGAUAUAUAGUCACGUCUGAAGAUCGUCAAACCGAUAUAUAGUCACGUCUGAAGAUCGUCAAACCGAUAAAUAGUCACGUCUGAAGAUCGUCAAACCGAUAUAUAGUCACGUCUGAAGAUCGUCAAACUGAUAUAUAGUCACGUCUGAAGAUCAUCAAACGAUAUAUAGUCACGUCUGAAGAUCGUCAAACUGAUGUAUAGUCACGCCUGAAGAUCGUCAAACUGAUAUAUAGUCACGUCUGAAGAUGGUCAAACUGAUAUAUAGUCACGUCUGAAGAUCGUCAAACUGAUAUAUAGUCACGUCUGAAGAUCAUCUAACCGAUAUAUAGUCACGUCUGAAGAUCGUCAAACUGAUAUAUAGUCACAUCUGAAGAUCAUCUAACCGAUAUAUAGUCACGUCUGAAGAUCAUCUAACCGAUAUAUAGUCACGUCUGAAGAUCGUCAAACCGAUAUAUAGUCACGCCUGAAGAUCAUUAAACCGAUAUAUAGUCACGUCUGAAGAUCAUCAAACUGAUAUAGUCACACCUGAAGAUCAUCAAACGAUAUAUAGUCACGUCUGAAGAUCGUCAAACCAAUAGUCACGUCUGAAGAUGGUCAAACUGAUAUAUAUUGUCACGUCUGAAGAUCAUCAAACCGAUAUAUAGUCACGUCUGAAGAUGGUCAAACUGAUAUAUAGUCACGUCUGAAGAUGGUCAAACUGAUAUAUAGUCACGUCUGAAGAUCGUCAAACUGAUAUAUAGUCACGUCUGAAGAUCGUCAAACCGAUAGUCACGUCUGAAGAUCGUCAAACUGAUAUAUAGUCACGUCUGAAGAUGGUCAAACUGAUAUAGUCACGCUAGUACGUAGAGUAAUACUGAUAGAUCGUCAAACAUAUAGUCAUGUCCAAAGAUCAUCAAACCGAUAUAGUCAUGCCUUUUGAUUGUUAAACUCCUGUAUGUCGGUUCGACGAUCUUCAAGUUUUACUCUACAGUAGUUUGAUGAUUUAAAAUUCUAAGAUCAUCAAACCGCAGUAAAGCUUAAAGAUAUAACUGAUAUAGUGAUGUAUGAAGAUGGUAAAACUGCUGUAGUCACCUCAAAAUCAUCAGUGGAGUAUAGACACACCUGAAGAUGAGAACACCGCUAUAUAGACUGUUGGACGAUCUUCAAGUGACUCUGCAUUCAUACCUGAACUCGUCACACCAGCGCCGCCAGUGGACACUCUGCGUACAGCAGGUGCAGGAGGCUGCAGUGUGGUGAAAUGUAAAUACAUUUGUUCCUAUAUUUAAUAAUGUACAAUUUGUUUCAAUAAGUCCGUAUGAUAAAUAUGGAUGUUCAUAGCAGUUUAUAAUGCUGUCAUGUUAUUCACUCAGUUCCUGUUUAAUGUUCUCUGCCUGUUAUUCUGUCUACAUAUUCAUCCAUCUCUGUUCAUCUGUCAGGUUAUUCUCACUCAUUUUUGAUAGAGUUUUAUAUGUAAUGGAUUACAAUAAACCAGAGAUGGUCAGCUGUUCAACAGGUUCAUGAUUAUAUAUGAUCACCGUCAUCCACACACUGUCUAACAUUGCUCAGACUUCAGCAGUACAGAGGGAAACACUGCAGAACUCAUGCUCAGGUUAAGCGUCAGGAUAACUGAUGCUCCCGGAUAUUCAGCGGUUAAUAAUAUCUGCUGUCCGAGUUAUGUUUGCUUUGCCUGUAUGAAGAUGAAACCUCGUCCAUGAUUCUAGAGAACUGCAGUUGGACUCGAGACUGAUGUGAGCUCCUGUAUAAAAUGGAAAAUCCACAACUAUAAUGGAAAGUGUGUGUGUUCUGCGUCUGUGUGUAACUCCUCUACUGUUAAAUAUGAGUUUGGAUUGUUUUAUGUGCUAUUAUAUGACUGCACAUGUGAAAUGCACAAUGCAGUUUAAUCCAAGACAUUUAUACUGUUAAUAAAGAUUUCUAUUAUACACU